CAAAGUCAAAUCAUCAAAAGCGUUAUUUUCGAAAGUUGUUUGCUAAGCUCCGCUUUAGUGUUUAUCUUAUUUGUAAAAUAUAAUAUUGAUAGAAAGUUAUUAAAAAAUAAUUAUGGCGCCUCGAGGUACUCCAAAACGUGCGGUAAAAGUACAGCCCGUUGUAAAAGACAUGCCUGCUAAAGGUCGGGCGUCACCAGUUGGGGCGAUAAAAAAGACCACUGUUAUGAAAAAGCCUGUGGAUAAAACACCACUCAAAAUAAACAACACAACAACGUCAGACGCCAGGGUUACAAGACAACGGACCAGCACGGUACCAACUCUUGCCACACCGAAACCAAAGGAGAACAAAGCAGUUCCUAUACCCAGCAGUGUGACCAAGAGUGGUAAGAAACCUUCUUGGAAGAGAAGGCCCAAACCAGCACAUUCUGGAGUCCCUAUUCCUGAGAAGAUGAGGAAACUCAUGGAAAAACAGUUCUUAGACUCGGAAUUUGUUUUAUAACUUUGUGAUGUAAUAUUUUAUGACUUGUUCUAUGAACGGACACUAGCACAUCAAGCUAUCCUCAAUUUGCAAUGGAUUUUCAACUCUAGUAUAUAAUGGUAGAGUUGAAAAUUCAUUGUAAAUUUCAUUGUGUUCAAUUUCACAUCAUCAAAAAUCCAUUGUAGACUUUCUUCAAUAGAUUUUCAACUCUAGUACAUAAUAGUAGGGUUGAAAAUCUAUUGAAGAAAGUCAGAUAGGAGUGAUGUGCCUGUGUGAGUUAGUUAGGCAAACAUGCACUUUGUGUUCAUAGCCACAAAUCUUACUUUAACUUUUUAGUGUUUAGAUUUAGAUUUUAUUAGUUUUUAAUUUCUUGACAUUUUGAUUAGGUACUUUCAAUAUUAAUUGUACUUGUUUAAUAUUUUCUUUGUGUAUAUUGUUAGGAUUGUAUUGUUUGUAGCUUGAGAAAAAAAUAAACAUAUUUUUUGAUCCUUUUUUUGACAAAUUAUGACUUGAUUUAAGACUUGUAAAAACCUUGCAGUUUUUACUUAUAUUGCCUAAUUCUGGAUGUCAUAAUUUUAGUAUGGUAAAUAUUAAUUACUUACAUAAAUAAAUGAAUACAAAAUACAAUAGUUAGAAUACAGAAAUUGAGCUUCCAUAGGUAUCUAUAGUAUGUUAAAACAAAUGACAUAAAUUAACAUUUUAAAUAUUGUUUUAACUAUAAGUAACUUGCUAUUUUUUUACUAUAAAAAAUAGUAGUAUACUAUAAAAUUCUUGUGUUUUUAUGUUUUGUUAUUUUAUGUCUUAUUAAUAAUGUGGUAUUAUUAACUAUAGACAAAUUAAUAACAUACUCGAUAAAUUUAAAAAUUACUUCAAUUUUGUACUUGAUUUGUGCCAAAUUUAGAUUUUAAUACUUUAAUUACUUUUACGAAAAGGGAAUUGAAGUGGAAAAUGUGACUUUUUGAUAAAUGUUUCACAAAAAAAAAUGUGUUGAUUUAUUACAAAAGGUUGUAUAACUUAACAGUAGUUUGAUAUUGUAUUCUAAACUUUGUUAGUAGAGCCAUAAGAGUGUUAAUAAGACAGCACAAAAUAAUUUAGUAAUUUUGUUUCCACUAGAAGUCUGUCGACAACUUUGAGCUUUAACUUACUAAUUAGAAAGUUCAUUAUACAGUAACAAAAUAAAAGAAUCAAAAUAGUCUUUGUCUUCUCCAUAUGCAUGUCUAUGAAUUUGCACUUCAAAGACCUAGUAAUAAAGUUUAUUAUCCAAUACUAUUCAGUUGCUUUAUCCCACUGAUUUUGCUAUAGUUGUGUACCUGUCUAGUGUCAUGUAAAUAUGUGAUUACAAUUACAUUAAUUAUUGUAUGCUAGAGUAAACCUGAUGGUAAUAAAUAUAUUAUCUUUUA